UCCAACAAGCGCCCGGCGGCCAGGCUGGCUGCAAGCAGGAGCCCCGCGGCCGCAGCAGCCCCAUGGUUGUCUUCAUGUGGUCGGAGCUGCUGCCGGAGGAGCGCUCGGCCAGGGCUCUCCAAGCCGGCGGCGGCGGCGGCAGCAGCGGCAGCAGCGGCAGCCCCGAGCGCCUCUUUGAGGGCUGCCGCCGGCUCCGCAGCCUCUGGGAUGCGGUGCGCCUGGAAGUGGCCGCCGAGGAAGCCAGCCCGGUGGUCUUGCACAGCUUCACGCAGCUGGACCCGGAUCUGCCCCCGCUGGAGAGCUCAACACAAGAGAUCGGAGAAGAGUUUGAAGAUAGCGUGAUUUACAGUAUUUCUCUCCGGAAAGUUCAGCUCCAUCACGCGGCCAACAAAGGCCAGCGAUGGCUGGGGUUUGAGAACGAGUCGGCCUUAAACCUCUACGAGACGUGCAAAGUGCGGACGAUCAAAGCCGGCACCCUGGAGAAGCUGGUGGAAUACCUGGUCUCGGCCUUUAAAGGCAAUGAUUCCACCUACGUGACCAUCUUCCUCUGCACCUACCGGGCCUUCGCCACCACCAAGCAGGUCCUGGAUCUUCUACUCAACCGGUAUGGGAAGUUUAACCACCAGGCCAAUGGAGAUCACCCCAGGCAUGCCAUGGAUGAGAAGUUGGAGUUGAAAAACACCAUUUCAUCCAUCCUGGGAGCCUGGCUCGAUCAAUACUCUGAGGACUUCCGUAAGCCACCGGAUUACACCUGCCUUAAGCAGCUCAUCAUUUACGUCCGGCUUAAUAUCCCCGGCUCGGAUUUGGAGAGGCGAGCGCGAAUCCUAUUCACUCAGUUCCAGCAACACGAGCGGGCCGAGGCCGAAACGGAAGAUCAUCCCAGCUGUCCUCUGAGGUUGGAGGAGGAAAAUGGCCUGAGCGAAGGCAAGUCGGAGUUCCUGUCCUUUCUCUCCGAGAUGGCAGCUGAGCAGUUCACCUGCCCCGGUGCAGGAAUCUUUAAGAAAGUGGUGCCUUAUCACUGCCUCGGUUGCAUCUGGUCGCAGCGGGACAAGAAGGGGAAAGAACAUUUGGCCCCCAGCAUCCGAGCCACCGUCUCUCAGUUCAACAGUGUCACCAAUUGCGUCAUCGCCACCUGCCUCGGGGACAGGAUGCUGAAGCCCAGCAGGGGCCAAGUGGUAGAGCGAUGGAUCGAAGUUGCCCGGGAAUGCCGCAUCCUGAAGAAUUUCUCCUCCCUCCGAGCCAUCCUGUCUGCUCUCCAGUGCAAUGCAGUUCACAGGCAAAAGACCUGGGACGAGGUCUCCCGGUGAAGCUGCCGCAUGUUCCACGAAUUAUCCGAAAUCUUUUCGGACGACAACAAUCACUCGUUGAGCCGGGAGCUGCUUAUUAAGGAAGGGACUUCCAAGUUUGCCACACUGGAGAUCAACCCCAAAAGAGCUCAGAAGCGCCUGCAGCAGCAACGAGAAAUGGGCGUAAUGCAGGGCACGAUUCCUUACCUGGGCACUUUCUUGACCGACCUGGUGAUGCUGGAUACGGCCAUGAAGGAUUAUUUAGACGGAGGCCUGAUCAUUGAGAAAAGGCGGAAGGAGUUCGAAGUCAUCGCCCAGAUCAAGUUGCUCCAAUCGGCUUGCAAUAAUUACAGUUUCAAGAAGGACGAACGCUGGACGUGGUUUCACGGGGUGGAACGGCUGAGUGAAGCCGAGAGCUAUGGCCUUUCGUGUGAAAUUGAACCCUUGUCGGAAUCAGCCAGCAACACGCUGAAAGCUAAGAAGAACACGGGCAUCAUUAAGCGGUGGAGCGACCGACAGGCCCCCAGUACCGAUUCCUGUGCCAGCGGCAGCUCUCACUCCAAGUCCUUCGACCAGCUGAAGUGCGGGCCGUAUCUCUGCAGCAGCGACGGGGCAGAUUCGGUCAGCAUCACCUCGGCGGGUUCCAGCAGCUCUGACGUGGAAGAGAUCAACAUCAGCUACAUUCCUGAUUCACCCGAGGUUCAAGAGAAGAAGGUACAGGACCACGGCUCGCUGGGAUCCACUCGUGCCCAGGGGGCCCAGGCGGCAGGUGCGCCCCAUUUCGGCAGGGGGUUUUGGGAAUCUACCUCAUUGUCCUCUUUGGAUACGUCGGGUGUCGGCUCAAGUUCUAGCAGCGCUUCUUCGUCGUCCGUCUCCUCCACGCCGGUGACAGUGUCCCGUACGCACAAGCUCGUCUCGGGCAUUUCCAGCUAUUCCUCCCUCUCCAUUGCUCUUUACAACCAGCAAAUUGAUGAUUGUUGUAUCAUCCGAGUCAGCUUGGCAGUGGAUAACGGGAACAUGUACAAAAGUAUUUUGGUGACGAGCCAGGAUAAAACCCCGGUCGUGAUUCGGACAGCGAUGGCCAAACACAACCUGGACGGCGAUCGGCCAGAAGAUUAUGAACUCAUCCAGAUCAUCUCGGAAGACAGAGAGCUCAAAAUCCCCGACAACGCCAACGUCUUCUACGCCAUGAACUCGGCCGCCAAUUACGACUUCAUGCUCAAGAAGCGCGGUUUCUGCAAAGUCCUCAAGAUCAAGCACGGAUCCAGCUCCACGCUCCCCAGGGUCAAACAAAAAGGCUUGAAAAUGCCAAAGGCAUCUUCUAACCGGGGUGGGGGAGGUGUGUGGGGGCUCUCCAUGUCCCCCCUCCCUCCCACUGGCUCUCCAGGUUACGGUCCUGCUCCCUCCCUGGGCCCUUCUGUCUUAAUCCACGCCGGGGUGUGGUGUGUGUGUGUGAGAGAGACGAUGACGCCUCUAGUUGCGUAGCCUCGGAUUUUGGCCCCCGGAACUUAGGAACGUUGGUGAGAUCUCAAGAAGUUGGUGGCAUCUUCCUCUGCAGGCUUCAACGCUUGUGGGAUGCGUUGGCAGAAGUUGGUUCUUACCUUUAAAAAGAUGCGUAUUGCUGGGUUUUGUGGCCUGCUCUCACUCCAGCCCGGGAAGGAUUUUUAGCCUUUUUCUAUUUUUACAAAACCAGAAGAAAAAAACAAAAUAGAAACCACCUCUCCAGGUCUAAGGCCUUCACAGCCCGUGGCUUGCCUGAACUUCCCCGUCCACCGUUUCUGCCUUAUCUUCUGUUGACCAACCAAGGCGAGUGGCUUCCGAGCAGCAAACUUCUCAAAAGGGUUUCUUCCUUCUCCUUCCACCGUGGACAACGCCACCAGAGCGAGGAUGUGGAAUCGUUUGGGGGAGAGGGGGACGUUUUCCGUAUCUUGUGAAGACUCGACACGCGGAAGAGGGAUCGAAAUGCACUUUCGUGGCCGGGAGAGUGGAAUUUCCUGCGGGAAUUCAGGGCCAGAGGAGGGCAGGUGGCUUUGUCGGCUGAAGGUGGCCUUUGGGAUGCCAGACCAAGCCUCCAGAUAAUUAACUUCUCAAAUUUUUUUUAAUUAUUAUUAUUAUUAUCUGGCCUUUUUAUUUUCUUUUAAGAAGAACCUGCACCAAAGAUUUAACAGCACUAGUUAUUUUUGUUUUUCCUGGGUUUUUUUUCCAGUCGUCAAACACACUAGGAGUUUAAAAAAAACAAACACUUAGCUUUUGUACAGACGCAUGUAAAUAAAGUUUGUGGAUUGGACGAAGAAUUGUGGGAGGGGAGGAAACGAGAGGUCUAAAGUGUGAGGCCACCCCACAACCUCCCCCUCCCCAAUUUAGGCUCCUGAACCCGAAUGGACAAGUGCCACUUUUGUGUUGAUUUCAGCCUGACUACGAAGGACUGGUGUGCUCGAGAGAUAUUUUUUUCUUUUGUAAAAAAAAAAAAAAAAAAAGGCCUCGACGAGACUCAACCCCAUUUUUCCCGAGAUUUACUAAUUCCCUCAAUAUUUAUUAUUUGUAAAUAGCCCGGUUGGAUUUAUACAUUUUACUAACCUCCCCUCCCCCCUGCUCGUCUUAAAAAGUCCGUGAAGUUCUCUUUUUUUAUUUUCUGUUUUUAAAAAGGCUUUUUGGGGGGGAGGGGUGGAAGUUUCAGUGUGGGGAAAAAAACCACAGUUUUAACACCUGGGGUUUGUUUCCGAGAGCUUCUUGGUUUCAGUUGCAAAGAGCUUGGAGGAAUUCAGGCAAGGGAGGUGGGGGGGGGGGUGGAGAUAGAAAAAUACCUCUGUUUUUUUUUAAAAAAAAAAAACAACUCAAAUGCAUCAAGGCAUGAUUAAUUCAUCCUUUUAAAAACUGCAAAAACAACCACCAAACCCAUAGGGCUAAGCCGCUGUCCUGCAAAACGGCUUCUUUCUCGGCCCAGAAUUCAGCCGCUACGAGGCAGCGAGGAGCGAAAUCUAUUUUAACGGAGGGGAAGGGCACGGCUCGCCCCCCCCCCCUCGUUCCUGGCGCCUCGAAGCCACGCAGGGAAAUCUGAAUUUUGCCGUGAAGCUUUUAUUUAUUGCUUUGAGAUCUCUUGACGGCCCUUGCUUCUUGGCAAGCCUCUGGCCCAAUUCGAAUCCAGUGGCGAUGCCCAUGCCAGGGGCGGCCCACCAAAACCCCGCCUUUCCAAGCCGCCACGUGCCAAGCACCUGGCUGGACGGCAUCUUCCUCGCGCUGCCAGGAUCCCCCAAAGAGGGGGUACCCCACUGCUUUUUCCUGCCUGUUUAACAGGAAGAUACUUAAAGAGUUUGGUCCAAGACUCCCUCGAGAAAAAACAACACCCCUUAACACCAGUGGGUUUCCCCCCAUUCCACCCACCCUCUGCCUAUGAAGGAAAGGAUUGUCUUCCUGAAGGCAGAGGGGAAAUUCCGCCUUCCCUCCCCCAUCUUUUUCCUCCUCCCCAAUUUUUCUAGGACCUGAUGCUUCUAGGAAUUCAGGCGCCCCGAGAAGACCAUUUUUCUAGUUCGCUUGUUUAUGUUUCCCUUUCUCGGUGUGUGUAUUUUUUGACCUCCAGCUGCUUGGUUGGGAGGAAGGAAGGGGGCUUAAGGGGUCCUGGAGGUAACCUUCUCUCUGUUGAUCAGCCAGGUGAGCGCUGUCUCCUCCCACCCACCCCAAAUUGGCAAAUUGGUUUCCCUACUUUGGAACAACACGCCGUCCCUCGACCGUACCAAGAUGCUAUUAAGGGGGUGUCAGGCUUUAUAAUUCUCGCCUAACAUACUUUUAGCCUUCCCCCACCCCACCCCGUCCUCUGCUGGGGUUUGGUGUCAGGAGAUUCAUCUCCAGCCAAUUCCACAACUGGUGUGUUUGUGUGAGCUGCCUAGGCGAGGUCUAUUUUGUACCUAUUUCUGUGAAGUAGCACACUAACGCUGAUGUAAGUAGCCUUUUUUUGAUUAAAAGAGAAACCAGACACGUU